UUGAAUUGAAUGAGUUUACAGCAGAUCGAAUGUUAUGUUGAAUUUUGUUAAAUGUCAUGUUGAAUACUACGUUGAAUACCAUGCGUACCUCACAGUGGUGUCAUGAUUUGUUUUGAAUUUGAACGUAAAUUGUCAAAUAGUUUUAUGGCAAGAUUGAAACUUCGCAGAAUAUCUAGAAAUGUUGCUCUUUUCACCAUGGUCAUCUUAUUAUAUAUAUUGUAUUCGUCCGAAGAAGAAAAGCGGAUAGAUCCCGUCCAAGGUAUGAACGAACACGAACCCCGCCUGCGAGAACUACUUGUGGACGAUUUUUGGGUGCCCGAGAAAGCUUUUAUAAAGCUUCAUGGAAGUGGAGGACCCGGCGAAAUGGGCAAUCCUGUAAUUACCAGUUCAGAAGACAGUGAUAAGAGAAAUGAAGCUUAUCGAAACUAUGGUUUUAAUCAGUAUGUCAGUGAUAAAAUUUCAUUGAAUAGAACAAUACCAGACACAAGACCAAAAGAGUGAGUAAAUAUUAUAUUAUGAAAAUUAAAUCAUAUUAAAAGUGAGAUAAACGCAAAUAUUUUGGAGAUAGAUCACUUUCUUGUGCCGCACGGAGGCUUGGGAAUUCGGAAUUCCCUAUUUUUUAUUUAAACUUUGUCUAUGUUCAACUGUCCCAGGAAAUAAUUAUAUUAUAUUAUAAUAUAAUUAUACAUUAUAAUAAUUAUAUUACGUUUUGCACAGCUUUCUGUAUGGGUGGCUGAGUCUCACUUUUAAUAUUAUUUUUUCAUUGAUAUACAAAUGCCUCAUUGCCUCAUAGAGGCUCAGGAAGGGCAGCAUGUACACUGAUAUAUACUAUCUUGUAUAUCCCUGGCUGCUAGGGCAGUAUUUAGUUACCGGAUGUUACUCAAAUGGAUAGUAUUCUGUUGUAUGCAAGUCAGGGAACUGAGGGAAGAAUGAUAACCAGAUAGUCUGAAUAAUGUCCGGAACCUAUGGUGGUACCAAAGCUAGAAUUCACAAUAUAAUCUAUUGUUUAGUGUGUGCUUUGUGUCUUUGUAUAAUUGAAAGC